CCAAGAAAGAAACUCGACCAGAAAAGAAAAAAUGUAUAUUCAAGUACUUGUGCUGGUUUUAGGUUCGUUGGGUUAUUGUUACUUGUUGGUUACAGAAAUUCCAAAAGGGUUACUAAGGGUCAUCUCUCUUCUCCCUGUCUUCUACCUCUUUUCCAUUCUCCCAUGGCAAUUUUCAUCUUCUGCCCUCGCCAGAGGACUUUCCUCUUUCUUUAUCACAUGGAUCACUUCCUUCAAGCUUCUCCUCUUCGCCUACGACCGUGGCCCUCUUCUCUUUCACCAAACCUACUUAGAUUUCGCCAUUGUCGCUAUCUUUCCCUUGAAAAUGAGGUCAAGAAGUUCCGAUCACAAUAAAUUCUCACAUUCUCCAAAUUAUUCAUCUUUAGUCGUCAUACCUCUAAUAAUUGUGCCCGUAGUCUAUAGCCAAAACUACAACGUUUUCUUGAAAUUUCAACUGUUUCUAUGCAUAACCACGUUGACAUGGCUUUACAUGGUUCAAGCCGUGACUCGGUACGAACUAGUGCCACUUUUUAACCACCCAUAUUUGGCCACGUCUCUGCAAGACUUUUGGGGAAGAAGGUGGAACCGGAUGUCGUCGGACAUAUUAAGGCAAACUGUUUAUGACCCGACCCGGAAAAGCUUGGAGGGUAUAACAGGGCUCGGAGCUGCCAAAGUGGUGGCGACUAUCUCAACUCUAGUGGUGUCCGGGAUCAUGCACGAGCUCGCAUUCUAUUAUAUCACGUGCGGUAGUAAACCCACAUGGGAAGUGGCCUGGUUCUUCAUUUUACAUGGAUUGUGCAUGGUGUUGGAAGCUGGACUAAAACGAUUGGCUAAGGUGAAGGGGUGGACUCCGCUGCAACCGGCGGUGUCGAUUGUUUUGACCGUAGGGUUUGCGAUAGUAACUUGUUAUUGGUUGUUGAUUCUGCCCGUUUGGAGGAGUACACAAGGAGAGUGCCUAGCCAAGUAAACCGCUUGAUUAUGUAUAAAUACAUUUUAUAAUGUAAUUAC